AUGAUCAAGGGCAGCCUCGCAAUUGACAGAAUGGUCCGCGUGGCCGGCCAGCUUGUUCGCCGUGCUCUCGGUCAGGCGGUUGGCGCAUCCCGUGGCUUUUCCACCUCGACUACAUUCCGAAGGAUUGAUAAGAUCUGCCCUUCGGCCGCUGAAGCAAUACGAGAUGUGAAGAAAGGCUCCAUCAUGCUCGUGGGUGGCUUCGGCUUUUCCGGUGUUCCAAGCUCGCUCAUCGAUGCCAUAGCUCAACACCAAAACAUCACCGAUUUGACAGUUGUGUCUAACAACGCAGGGAUGCCGGGCGUCGGGCUUGGGAAGCUCCUGGAAACGAAACAAAUCAGUACAAUGGUUGCAUCGUAUAUUGGGGAGAACAAACUACUCGAAAAAAUGUAUUUGACUGGCGCCCUCGACCUGGAACUGAUCCCUCAAGGCACAAUGGUGGAGAAAUGCGCAGCUGGCGCGGCUGGUGUCCCAGCAUUUUACACACCAACGGCCUUUGGUACCGUUGUGCAAACUGGCAAUCUCCCGGUCCGUCAUAACUCAGAUGGUUCCGUUGCCAUCAUGUCCCAACCACGGGAGACGCGCGAAUUCAACGGGAAGAACUAUGUGCUUGAGUCAUCCAUCUUUGGUGACGUUGCCCUUGUCAAAGUGCACAAAGCCGAUCGCCUGGGUAAUUGCACAUUCCGGAAGGCUCAGAACAACUUCAACGAGUCCAUGGGGAAAAACGCUCGUCUUACCAUCGUCGAAGCCGAUGAGAUCGUGGAAGUUGGCGAGCUUCAGCCCGAGCACAUUCAUCUCCAGAGCAUCUACGUGGACAGAGUUAUCAAGAGCACGGAGCCCAAGCAAAUCGAAAAGCUCGUGCUCGCCAAGUCUUCCGACGACAUUAUCAAGGGCAGGGCUGCUAAGGAAUUCAAAGACGGCAUGUUUGUGAAUCUCGGCAUUGGAAUCCCACUCGCAGCACCAGCUCUUGUGCCAAACGAUAUCGAGGUUAUCCUUCAAUCUGAGAAUGGAAUUCUAGGCAUGGGCCGUUACCCCCAAUUAGGACAGGAGGACCCAGACCUGAUCAACCCAGGCAAAGAAACAGUGACACUGAAUCCCGGUGCCUCGACCUUUGGAAGCCAUGAGAGUUUUGGAAUGAUUCGAUCAGGCAAGAUAGACCUCACUAUGUUAGGGGCCUUGCAGGUCAGCAUGAAUGGAGACAUGGCCAAUUUCAUGCUUCCGGGCAAGGUCAAGGGUAUUGGCGGCGCUAUGGAUUUGGUUGCCAACCCUGAGAAGACAAAGGUCGUGGUUACAAUGGAACACCUCGAUAGAAAGGGAAGGCCUAAGAUUAUGCGCGAAUGCACAUUUCCUCUCACGGGAACUCGAUGCGUGUCGCGAAUCAUCACCGAUCUUGCUGUACUCGACUGUGUGCCAGAGGGUCUAGUAUUAAGGGAGUUGGUUCCAGAAGUGACCGUAGAGGAGUUGGAGAAGCUUACUGAUGCGCCGUUCACCGUGGCGGACGACUUCAAGCCUUACGUUGCUUAG